UCUAUUUCUGUUUCUAUUUCUAUCACCUUUCUUCUAUAAUCAUUUUUCUUUUUCUAAGAAGAAAAAAAGUGAGAGGAAAUUGUAACGUCAUUUUGAGAGAGAGAGAGCCCCUCUUCUCCUCUACAGUCCCUUAUUCCCCAAAUCAAAAAAAAUCCCGCUUCCAGCUCUUGAAGCUUUGAACGCCCACUGCCCUUUCUCUUUAGCUUCUACUAUAUUUUACUUGGAAAAUCCAUAUAUGCACUGUUCCUGUUCCGUUCUUUGGUUUUGUUUUCUCUUUUAAUGGCGGAGUUUCCUCCAAAUUUGGAGGAUGGAGAGCUUUGGCUUCCUUCUGAUAUAUUUCUCAAUGAAGUUCCCUCCAAAUACAACCCUUAUCGCAUCUCUUGCAUGGAGGAUUUUGCUGGCCAUUUUGCAGCUCUUUCUCUGCUCCAAAAUCACUCAUCUCCAACCCCCUCAAGGCCCCAUCCAAAAUCGCCGCUCAACUCGCAGAGGUUCAAAAUAGCGGUUAGAGAAUUAUCGGCGAGCCAUUUGCCACCUGUGUCCCUUGGGGUUAAUGGCGGUGCUGAACUGGGUCAAAGACUUAAUGGGUACGGAAGCGGACCCCUUUUGGCCAGGUCUGAACCGUUUCAUGAGUUUCAAGUCCAGCCACAGGUUGACAGCUACCCGGAUACAACGCUUAGGGUCUGUGAAAGGCAGCGAAACCCUCCUCAGAUUCGGCUUCACCCUUUUCCGGGAAGUGGGUUUGGAUUUAGAGGUGGCGGUGGUGGUGGUGGUGGUGUGAGAGAAUCUGGGGGUACUGGUGUUUUCCAUCCUCGCAUUGUGAACCCCACAACAGCUUCUCCUGCCACCACUGAUGUUAAAAGGAAGCAAGUUGUGAGAAGCAGAGCAGAGAAUCAAGUCAACCAACAGAGGAAUUCCAUGAAAAGUCCUGGGGUCAACAAGCAGGAGGAUUGCUAUUAUCACCUUCCUCCAGAGAUGGGUUUGCCCCAUGACUGGACUUAUUGAGCUUCUCAUCUUCAUUUUUAGUGUAGAAAUUGGUCAAGAAAGAUAAAAAAAAUUAAGAAUAAGACCUGUAGGAGAAGAAGAUUAGAAGGUUUAAUAAUGACUGUAUGUUCAAUUUCAUCUUGUUGGAAUGUUCGAUUUAGUUCAUUUUCAA